CUUCCGCCCGGGUCCCUGUCCCUCCGCGUUCAGGUUCCGCCCUGUUGCCAUUGUAAUGAAUGUGCGUGCGCGGCUGUGCGGCGGAGAAGGCGUCGGGCGUCGCUGAAUGGCUGCCGCCUGCUCUGCCUCUGCCUCUGCCAUGGAGAAGGAGGGAAGCAGCGGCGGCGGCUGCGGCGGGGGCCGGGGGUGAGGCCCUUCCCCCGGUGGACGCCCCCCAUGAGACUGUGCCUGGCCUGGCUGGGCUGCUACACCUUGUCGCUGUGGGCGCUGCGGAGGAGGAUGUGGUCUGGGCCUGGCAGGUCCCUCCGGAGCCCCUUGUCCAGGUCCCUCUACGCCAACAUGAUGGGCAGCCACGGCCAGGGCGGGCCCGGCCCCAAGGAGCACCACCAGUGGUACAUGUGCAAUACAGAGCAGCUAUGUGAAUCUCUUCAGCCUGUCUUCGUCCAGAGUUACCUUGACCAAGGAACACAGAUCUUCUUAAAUAACAGCAUUGAGAAAUCUGGCUGGCUGUUCAUUCAACUUUAUCAUUCUUUUGUGUCCUCCGUUUUUAGCCUGUUUAUGUCUAGGACGUCUAUUAAUGGGUUGCUGGGAAGAGGUUCAAUGUUUGUGUUUUCACCCGAACAAUUUCAGAGACUGCUCAAAAUAAAUCCAGACUGGAAAUCCCGCAGGCUUCUCGAUUUAGGAGCCGGAGAUGGAGAAGUCACAAAAGUCAUGAGUCCCCAUUUUGAAGAAACCUAUGCUACAGAGUUGUCUGAAACAAUGAUAUGGCAACUUCAGAAGAAGAAAUACAGAGUACUUGGCAUCAACGAGUGGCAAAAUACAGGCUUCCAGUACGAUGUCAUCAGCUGCUUGAAUCUGCUUGAUCGCUGUGAUCAGCCAUUGACUGUAUUAAAAGAUAUUAGAAGCGUACUGGAACCUACAAGAGGCAGAGUCAUCCUGGCAUUGGUUCUGCCUUUUCAUCCGUAUGUGGAAAAUGGUGGCAAGUGGGACAAACCUUCUGAAGUUUUGGAAAUCAAAGGACAGACAUGGGAGGAACAGGUGAACAGCCUGCCAGACGUUUUCAGGAAAGCUGGCUUUGCCAUAGAGGCGUUCACUAGACUGCCCUACUUAUGUGAAGGCGAUAUGUAUAAUGACUACUAUGUCUUAGAUGAUGCUGUCUUCGUCCUCAAACCAGUGUAAAUGUAUCUUCUGAGUCAAACCCAAGAAGCAGCCUGUGAAUGAAGCGUUUCGAAUUUUUUGUUUUUUAUUAUUAUUAUUAUUAUUAUUAUUAAUUACAGAAAAGGAGGAAAAUUUGUGGUUGUCCAUUCUAAAUCGACGUCAUGUAUGAAGUCUAAAGGUCAAAAAAAUACUAAUUUCCUUGUAGUAUGUUUUUUUUUUAAAAAGGACAUCUUUUUUAAACAAAAAAGGACAGAGCUCUUCCGUUGACGGUUUCUUAAACCCCCGCGAGGUUCCUGCAAUCCAACAAUAACUAGAAGAUAUUUUUAUACCUAACAACGGUAGGACUCACAAUCCAGCAAUAGCCAGGAUGUUGCAUAAAACGGAUCCAGUGUGCAUUUGCUUAUCUCCAGGACAUCGGAAAAGAACACUGGCCAUAAAACUGUCUGCUUGGUAUAAAAUUUGGGUUGAUGAAGUGUUGGGAUAGAUUUUCUUCCAUGUUUAUGAAGUUAUUUUAUCUGUUGGUCUUCAGCACAUGUUUUUAAUCAUGCCUAAUAAAACUUUUUUGACAUGAA